UGACGUGGGAAAGCUAUUAAUUCUGUAGAUAUUUAUAAAACAACAUACCUGUACACCCCCGAAACCGGGAAGAAAAACUGUACGCGCACUACUCGCAGGCACAUUUCCGUUGAGGAAUCGCAGACGAGAGUGUUUGUUUUUAGUGAUACAAGUUAUUUAUUGUGUUAUAAUAUCAAAACAUAUCAGGAUGCCACCAACUGCAGCAAAGCGUGAUCCUGAAAUGGAGGAACAGGCUAUGGACUGGAUCGAGAAGAUCACGGGAGAAAAACUGGACAGGGGGAAGGAAUACCCAGACCAAAUCAAGGACGGCAUUACUCUUUGCAAUUUGAUGAAUAAACUUGAUCCUGGAUGUAUUAAAAAGAUAGACAAGAAAGGUGGUGGAUUUGCUUUGAUGCAAAAUAUUGAGCGAUUCAAUAAGGCGAUCAAAGACUAUGGCGUUCCCGUGAGAGAAUGCUUCCAAACGGUUGACCUGUGGGAGAAGAAGAACAUUCCGGCAGUAACCCUCUGUAUUCACGCUCUUGGACGAAUUGCACAGACGAAAGAUGAUUAUGACGGACCAGUAUUGGGCCCUAAGAUGUCAGAAACACAGGUGUUUGAUUUUACCCCGGAGCAACUUGCAGAGGCUAAAUACAUGGUGAACACCAUGCAGUACGGAUCAAACAAGGGGGCUAGUCAGGCCGGCCAGAGCUUCGGAAAACAGAGAGGGAUUAAUGAUUAAUGGAGAUUCUUAGUACAGCACUGUAAACAUAACUUUCUAAACAAUUAUUUUCUCAGAUAAUUAGCUAUCACGCAUUUCUUAUAUAGAAAAAAUUCUAACAACAGGUUCAAGAUUAUUGUAUUGUUCUCAGCAUGGACUUAAGUUAAAGUCAAAGUAGAUAUGUUGUUCGAGCUGUUUUUGGUUUGUAUCAAAUGAGUCAAUGUAUGCAGUUAUGUUUUGUUAUUUUUUUCUUCAUUCAUUUAUAAUGCUUUUUUUACGAAAGUAUACAACGACUGCCUUACUCAGAUAAUGAUUAUGCUUUCACUCGUUAAUGGUCCACAAUACUUUAUAUGGAACUAUUUCAUAUUAAACAAUGUUAGGCUAAGAAUAAAGUGGACAUUUUGUAAAAAUACGAAUGAAUACUAUAUACUAAAAAAAAAUAACGUAAAAAAAGAUGUGUAGUGCCUACAGUAAUUAAUUUUUGUCAUCUUGCAACUCUGGAUUUUUUUCUAAAAAAUAUAUAUUCUGGCAUAUACAAUUCGUAUUGUUAUGUGAAGAAUUAGUAGUAGAAGUAUUUUAGUCUUUUGACAAUAAAUAUGGUAUAGUAUAGACUAUUUUAGGUUAUUAGAUAAUCUGAAAGCACAAUUUUAUUAUCAUUUUAAUGUAAAAAUAUGUAUGUAUGUAGUUGUUUUGUUUUUAACAUUCUAAUUUUUUUAUAUACUCAUAAUUAUCAUUUAUAUUAUUAUGCAAUAAAGUAUAUGUAGAAAAAUC